GCCUGCGCGAGUCAGGUGCGCGAGCCGCGCGAGGGGAAAAGAGGCAGCCCUCCGCUCCCCUCCUCUCCCCCCCCGCACAGAGAGGGGCCGAGGGGGAGAAGGGGAAAAAAUAAGAGAAAAAUCAAAAUCCUAGGGCUUCCUCCUCGAUCCUCUCCGCGAUUGCUCCGCCGAUUCGUCCAAUCCAAUGCCGCGCGCCUCGAGGGUCUCCAAUCCCCCGGCGCCGGCGGCGGCCGCCCCCGCCGCCGCGGCCAAGAAUGUUAGCAGCAAUGCUGGCCACUCCACUCCAUCUUGCAGUGCACCUGUGUAUCAACCAUUUCGCCCUGUUACUCGUUCUAUGACCUGUGUGCCUGCUCCUAUUGUGGCUUCACCUGACUUGAAGGAAGGAGGAUCUGCUAGCACAAGCACCUGUAGAAGUAUUUCAGAUGCUUCUUUUAUCAUUCAAUCAGCUGCCUCACGACCGACUGUAACUCAUGCCAGAACACCUCAUAAAGUGACUUCAUCUGGUUGGAAGCCUCUUACUCAGCCUGUUGCUCUGAGUGAAGAGAGGAAAUGUGCAAGCCUUACUACUGCUAAGCGCUCCAGGGUUACUUCCUCCCGAGCUGUCAAAGAUUUGACCAACCAUUCAGCUUCAAAAGCUAACAUAAAUGUUCCUAGCGGCAACAAGUACAGAGACGAAGAAAACAUAAGCCAGGGCGAGUUGGAUGGGGCUGUCAUGCCAUCUCCCCCGAAGAAGCUGCAAACAUGCAAAGACCCUUCAGAUUCACCUUCAAUAAGGAAAUCAAUUAUCAGAAUCCUGGGUGCCAAAAGAGCUGCUUUUCUGCCCACAGGGAAGUCUGAAGUUGAAACUGGAAAGAAUUUUGCUAGUGUACCAGCAAAAGUGGUUUCUGCAAGUACAAAUGUUAUCAGUGAGUCAGUUGAUGCUUCUGUUCCAUUGCUUGCACAGCAGCAGCAACCUGGCACUGCAAAGAUCUCCAAUGCCGUCACACAAGCUAUUGCCAAUGAAACAAGUCAACUGAAUCAGUUGGCUGCUGCAAUUAUUACAUUGCCCAAGCAAAAUCGUCAAACUGAUUAUGAAAAAAAGCCUGCCAGUCUACCCAUAGUGCCUAACCAGGUCAGUCAGUUGGGUGGUGCAACUGCUCCCUUGGUUGCACCAAAGUUAGAAAUCGGAAAGGGACAGAACACUUCCAAUCUUCUGUCGAAUCCUGCUUAUGCGAGGGCUCUUUUAAUCAAGCAGCAAGAGCAGCUGCUCCAGCAAUAUAAAUUGGGGACUCCACAGCCACAGCAGCACCACAUCAAAGGGCCAGCUCUGUUCGAGACCGAUGAGCCGCCACCAGUUGAGCCGUUGGGAACGAGGUGCCAACUCUGCAAGCUCGAUGUUGCUUUCCGGCCACAAGGGGAUGCUGGCCGUGAUGCUAAUGCUCCUCCAGUUGUCGCAGUUCUGGCAUGCCACCAUGCAUUUCACAGCAGCUGCAUCGAGUCUAUUUACGGCCUCGCUGAGCCUGCCGAGUGCCUUGCCUGUCUUGAGCAUGGGGCAGUGCACUGAUCAGUGAUCACUAACAAGAAGCUUCAGUUUUAGCCUGAUGGGCUAUGAUAUAGCCUUAUAGUACAAAAUUUCCUUUUAGAAUGCAUAGAGAGGGUGAGGUCUUAUCUCUAUUGGUAGGAGUUUUCUUUGGUAUAGGCGGCUGGAAUCAGAGUUUGAUACCUCAUUUCUGUUGGCUUUAGUGUAACUAGCUAUCAUUGAAGUUCAAUGGAGAGCUGAAUCAUCAGACAUGCCCGUUAGCUGUUUUGUUGUCGUGGCGAAAA